AUGAUUCUCGGAGUGUUGGUGUUUAAUAGCCACGGCAAGUCCAGACUGGUUCGUUGGUACGAUACUCGUCUGCAGAACCUCCCAUUGAGUCAAAAACGCUUUAUCGUUUGGAAGUGCUACCGUGCUGCUAGCACGCGAAAUGCGGGCUCCAGCAACUUUUUGUUCAGCACGGACAGCGAGAUCAGUGAGAUUUUGGCCUUUCCCCUGAAAAGUGUCGAGCCUGCUGGUUUGGGGCGCACGUCUGGUGGAAACUCAGACGCGGCAAGUGUCGGACACGAUCGCCCACGAAGAGACGCUUCGGACCGGCCUGAAACACGGCUCUAUGGACGAGACCUCAGAGUCGUAUUUCGCCACUAUGCCACACUUUUCUUCGUCUUUAUCGUGGACGAAAAUGAGAACGAGCUCGGGAUUCUUGACCUGAUCCAGGUAUUCGUUGAAACAUUGGACAGAUACUUCGGUAACGUCUGCGAACUCGACAUUGUGUUCCAUCAUGAGAAAGUAAACUACGUCCUUGAUGAAUUAAUCAGCGGUGGACUCGUGCUUGAAACGAACCAAGCCGAUAUCCUAUCGGCGCUUCAUGGAAUAUCCGAAGCGAUAACAGCGGAGAACACGGGACAAGGGCUGACGAGUCUCGCUAGGAAAAUGCGUCGAUAG